UGGCGGCGGAGGCGGCGCCUGCGCGCUGGGGCGGGUGUCCGGCGCUGUCGGAGGAAGGCUGUGCGAGGGAGGCUUGCGGGCGAGCGGACUCGGCUUCGGGCCGAGAGCCUUGAGGAAUUUCGCAGAACCCUGCUACCUAUGGACUCUGAAUGGACUUCAUAUAAGGAAACCCCUGACGCAAUAACGGACAAAACAUGAGUCAAUUUGUGUCGUGGCAUUCAAAUCCUAACACUUUGGGAGAGGUUUUGGACUCCCCUCUUGCAUCAGACCUCUGUUGCCAUAGUCCUCUGAGUGCCGUCUCAGGACCUGGGUCACCCUCAUGGCACAAUGGCCAGCCCUCAGGAGCACCUGAGCUGCUCCUCUUCACCACACUUGCCCUUGACUGAGAACAAAACCUCUAGUGGACGCAAUGAGCUUGCCGCUAUGGGGAACCACCCUCCACCCAAGCUCCCUGAGGACCCCCAGGAGAAGGCUGUGCAGCCAGAGCUGAUGGAGACCACGGGCAGCCCCAUCUCUACAGCAGUGUUGACCAGUGUGAGCGAGGAUUCCAGGGGCCAGUUUGAGAACAGUGUUCUUCAGCUAAGGGAGCAGGAUGAAUCAGAGAUGACGGUGUCUCCGGGGAACAGCAGCGCUGUGGAUGGAGAGAGCACGAACGGAACUGAAGACAUCAAGAUUCAGUUCAGCAGGUCCGGCAGCGGCAGCGGGGGUGGGUUUCUCGAAGGGCUGUUCGGAUGCCUCAGGCCCGUGUGGAACAUCAUCGGGAAGGCAUAUUCCACUGAUUACAAACUUCAGCAGCAAGAUACGUGGGAAGUGCCAUUUGAGGAGAUCUCAGAGCUGCAGUGGCUGGGGAGUGGAGCCCAAGGAGCUGUCUUCCUGGGCAAAUUCCGAGCAGAGGAAGUGGCCAUCAAGAAAGUGAGAGAGCAAAACGAGACGGACAUCAAGCACCUGAGGAAGCUGAAACACCCCAACAUCAUUGCAUUCAAGGGUGUGUGCACUCAGGCCCCAUGUUACUGCAUCAUCAUGGAGUACUGUGCCCAUGGACAGCUUUAUGAGGUCUUGCGAGCUGGCAGGAAGAUCACACCUCGGUUGCUCGUGGACUGGUCCACGGGGAUUGCCAGUGGGAUGAAUUAUCUCCAUCUCCAUAAAAUCAUACAUCGUGAUCUCAAGUCACCAAAUGUUUUAGUGACUCAUACAGAUGCAGUCAAAAUCUCAGAUUUUGGUACAUCUAAGGAACUCAGUGAUAAAAGCACCAAGAUGUCCUUUGCUGGUACAGUUGCGUGGAUGGCACCUGAGGUGAUCCGGAAUGAGCCUGUCUCCGAGAAGGUUGACAUAUGGUCUUUUGGAGUGGUGCUUUGGGAGCUGCUGACAGGGGAGAUCCCCUACAAGGAUGUGGACUCCUCAGCCAUCAUUUGGGGUGUUGGGAGCAACAGCUUGCACCUCCCAGUUCCCUCCACUUGCCCAGAUGGAUUCAAAAUCCUUAUGAAACAGACAUGGCAGAGUAAGCCUCGUAACCGGCCUUCCUUUCGGCAGACACUCAUGCAUCUGGACAUCGCGUCUGCGGAUGUGCUUGCCACCCCACAGGAAACUUACUUCAAGUCUCAGGCUGAAUGGCGAGAAGAAGUGAAAAAGCACUUUGAGAAGAUCAAGAGUGAAGGGGCCUGUAUCCACCGGCUGGACGAGGAACUGAUCCGCCGGCGUAGGGAAGAGCUCAGGCAUGCCCUGGACAUCCGGGAGCACUAUGAGCGAAAGCUUGAGCGGGCCAACAAUCUGUACAUGGAGCUGAGCGCCAUCAUGCUGCAGCUGGAAAUGCGAGAGAAGGAGCUGCUGAAGAGAGAGCAAGCAGUGGAAAAGAAGUAUCCUGGGACCUACAAGCGACACCCUGUCCGUCCGAUAAUCCACCCCAAUGCCAUGGAGAAACUCAUGAAAAGGAAGGGUGUGCCCCACAAGGCCGGGGUACAGACUAAGCGGCCAGACCUGUUACGAUCUGAAGGUAUCCCCAGUGCAGAGGUGGCUCCCACUGCAUCCCCUCUGUCUGGAAGUCCCAAAAUGUCCACGUCAAGCAGCAAGAGCCGAUACCGAAGCAAACCUCGUCACCGCCGAGGGAAUAGUCGAGGCAGCCAUAGUGACUUUGCAGCAAUCUUGAAAAGCCAGCCGACCCAGGAAAACUCACCCCACCCCGCUUACCUGCAUCACGCUCAGGCUCCCUGCCCUUCUCUCCAGCAGCAAUACCAGCAACCCCCUUCUGCCCUGCCUCAGAGCCGCCAUCCCCGACUCAAUAUGCAUGGGCAGGACAUUGCAACCUGUGCCAACAACCUGAGGUAUUUUGGCCCAGCAGCAGCCCUGCGGAGUCCACUCAGCAACCAUGCUCAAAGACAGAUGCCUGGCUCCAGCCCGGACCUCAUCUCCACAGCCAUGGCGGCAGAUUGCUGGAGGGCUUCUGAACUUGAGCAAGCUGGACCCUGGGGCUGCUGUCAGACCGAAGCCUAUGAUCCCUGUCUCCAGUGCAGGCCAGAGCAUUCUGGAUCUUUAGAUGUUCCCACCACUGAGCCAGUGGGAAGCAGCCCAGACUGUUCCAGUUCACCAGCACACAAUCCUCUUUCAGGAAAUGCCCAAGGCUCCGAGAGAAUGGAGGCAAAUGGAUUCAAUGGCUGUCAAUCCGGUAUUUCUCAUCAAUUCACACCCCCAAUGCUACCUCAAAAGACACGGCCCCUUCAGAAGAGUGGAGAUGACUCCUCGGAAGAGGAAGGGGAAGUAGACAGUGAAGUGGAAUUUCCUCGAAGACAGAGGCCCCACCGCUGUAUUAGCAGCUGCCAGUCCUACUCGACCUUUAGCUCCGAGAACUUCUCUGUGUCUGAUGGAGAGGAAGGGAACACCAGUGACCACUCAAACAGUCCCGAUGAGUCGGCUGACAGACGGGAAGACCGCCUGGCAGAGAAACUGGACGACCUGCUGUCCCAGACGCCCGAGGCCCCCAUCGAGAUCUCCUCCCACUCAGAUGGGCUGUCUGACAAGGAGUGUGCUGUCCGGCGCGUGAAGACACAGAUGUCCCUGGGCAGGCUGUGCGCCGAGGAGCGUGGCUACGAGAACCCUGUGCAGUUUGGAGACUCGGACUGUGACUCUUCAGAGGGGGAGUGUUCUGAUGCCACCGUUAGGACCAGCAAGAACUACAGCUCUGCCACCUGGUGACAGGGGGCUCUCCAUCAGAAGAUCUCGAGACGCUGGCAUCUCGAACCCUCCCUAGCCCUCGACUCCUCCCUCCUGCCUUUGUCUGGGAGGAGUGACUGAGUCCCAGAAACAAGCCACACUGACAGGAACAUGAGAUUUGUUAAAUCUCUGGGGAAAUACCCAAAUGAAAUUCCAUCUCACUGAGCAUUUCAAUCAAGAAUGGCAGGGAUCUAUUGUACUGAAAACUCCAGCUACUGUAACAUUGAUAUUUAUUUUUGUUGGACAUUUUAACACUUUGUAUUGUAAAGAGUGAACUAUAUAUGAUACACAGACACAAUAAUUUCUUUACAAAAAAAAAAAAAAAGGAAAGGAAAGAGUCUUUAGGAGCAACAUUUGGAAUUUGUGGGGCUAGGAGGUGUCACUGUCGCUUAAACCCAGGACCAGGUCUUUUGUCCAUGCUUGAAGAGCUGUAAUGAGACACAGUGAGCAUUUAAAACACAAGCCAAAGGAAAUGCAGCCACAUUAAGUCCAAGCGGCUUGUCUACGCAGGGAUGGAAAUAGCCUGGAAGUUGAGUGAUCUAAUAGCACCAAAGCCUUGGAGGGCAUGUGCUUCCUCAUGCAAACAGAACCGUAGCUGCACACCUGGAAUUUCAUUCCUUAAACACUUAGUAGGAUCUGGCAGUAAAGGUUACAGUGUCAUCAAGUCUUGCCCUUAGCAAACGCUUCCCUUUAAGUGCUGCCGCGGUCACGGCCAUGACCAGCACGGUCUUUCAGACCUGUGCGCCAUUCUUCUUCCUUUGUUCCCACCUGCUGACCACUCCUUUCAGGAAGUGGGAUAAGGGGGCAAGAAAAAAAGAGCAUCUGUGACUUUAGGAAAACAUGCCUGUAAAACUUCUUUUUCAGGAUGGAGGUUCAUCUAUACAUGCAAGAUGGCACAGCCCCUCUCUGGACCCCAUUGUCUGUGUCCUGGAAUCAUACUGAUUCACACAGAGGCAGCUAGGAUGUGUGUGUCCAGUGUCCAGUCCCAAACCAUCUUCCAUUCUGUUCGUAAUCUCAUUCUAGCUUAGAAGCUUUGGUGGCCGUCUGUCACUGUAGCAGAACAGGCGAAAGAAGCAGGGUGCAGAAAAGUGACCAUCUCACCACGUUUUCAUUCUGAAUCACUGCAGUUUUGUUUAGUUGGUUAGGAAAUUUCUAGAAGGAACAACUGAUGCUAAGCAGGUAAUUAGGAUCCCUUUAGUUUCUCAAAAGCAUGUGACUUUUCCUGUGUCCAGAGUCCUGGGCUGUAAAAAGUACCCCGAGGUGCUUUGUGGAGUCUUGGCUUGAAGCUGGAAAGGUCUCACAGCCCCCGGAGGGCUGGAUUACAGGUGGGCACCUCCAUACCUGGCUUAAAGAUGUCUUAUCUAGAAUUUGUAAGCAUACGCAUUAGCCUGACUCCUGUGUCUCCAAUGCAGGCUUCCGCCAAGUCCAAACUGGCUGGUUCUGGCAUUGCAUCCUGUAAGGAUGUUAGGUAUUAAGACAUUCCAACCCCAACAGAAAUGGUGCCCCUGGGCUGGGUGUCAUUGACUGCAUCGGCCAAAAACAAAAAGCAGGAGGGGAUUUACAGCCGGUCUUCUGUUUGACCCUCCUUUGUUUACACUUUAUGUUGAGACAUUGAUUUUAAAAUUUAGUGUCUAUAAUUUUUAGCUCAUAGGAAGGAUGAAGGAACAUGUUUAACUUAGAAAGCAGUAUUGUUUUGUUAAAUUAUUCCAUUUUGUAUGAACUGUAGCAGGACUACACAGGAGAGCUUAAGUUAUGGCAUUAUUAUUGUUGUUUUAUUUUAUGGUGUCAUGAUUUUCUGUUGACCAGAAGGUGUGGCUUGUGAUGUAGCACAAUGACUGUUUCUUGCUAACCAUGAAUUAUUAUGGACUUCUGUGGGCCUAGUGAAGGUCUGGGGCUGGAACCGUCCUCUGGAAUGCCUGGCAUUCCUUAGUGUAUCCCCUCGUUUCCUGAAUACAGCAGCAGUGGUCUGAGGAGGUGUGCUCUGCCCUGACACCCAAUGGGUACACUGUGAUUAUUUUUUUUUUUUUUUACUUGAUUGUAAAAACUCCUGAAUGGGCAGAUGACCAAGUUGAUGACCAAGUAGUUCAAAAGUCCCCAAAGUUAUAAACUUGCUCAAAUGUCUUAAAAAUAAAAUCAUGGCACUGUAGUAGAAGCAAAAAGAUUUAAUGCUCAAAAACAGCAAGACAAAGCGUUUCUGCAGGGGGCUCAUGAGGUAGUUUUAAGGGCGGACAGCAGAGCCAGUCAUCUCCUUCCCGCUGAGCCCCACAGACUGGGAAGAGUGGAAAGACUAGAAACAGAGAAGUGUGUGAUGCCUCAGUGAUGUCCUUCCAUAACAGACAGGAGUUGGGGGGCGGGCGUUGGGGCUCACAGGGCUGGGGAACGACAUCAGAGGCAGUAUUCCCUCAUCCUCCAGCCUCGGGUCCCUUAUUCCUUGGAAUUGAGACUCUUUCUGUCCAACACAAAGCAGAGCCAGCUGUUUGUCCUGCUCCAUACCCACCUUUAGUGGCAACAGAGAAACAGGAAGGCCAACUUCUAUCUGGCACCUUUCCACGUCGGUCCUCCCAGAAACCCCGCCCUACAUGCCAGUCUUCAUCAGCAUUCUGAAUCCCCAUCCUGUCUGUCACACUAAGGCCACCUUUAUCUAGAUUAACUGUUACAGGCGUGCUCGGCAUGUGGCGUUGACUCCAGUCAUUCACUGUAUCACCAAGGCAGGAGUAAAACCCAGACUUUUUGAGUGGAGUUAUGGUUCUAAGCAAGGUUAAAAGGGAAAAAUAGUCUCUACCCCGCCCUUCCUCCACAGCCUGCCUUGUAGGAACCAGGAAACUCGGACUGACUGUGUUUCCUUGAAAACAUUAUAGUCAUCAGAACACUGAGUGGAGAGUUCAGGGCACACAAGAGCCGAUUCUUCCAUGCUGUUAGCUGCCACCACGCUUUGGGGCUCUGAGAAGCCUGGCCAGACUGAUCUCAAGUUCCGUCACUGAUUGAAGGAGGAAUAUGUACAUUCUUUGGCCAUCUGUUUUUGACUACCAAGAUGAAUUUUGUUUUUGUAUUGCAGUCAAGCACUGGAUUUUCUUUCUUUUUCUAAAUCAUGUCACUGAAUAAAAACCCUUCUUACAAUUGCUUAGCGCAGGAAUGGAGACACCUAUAUCCACUUUGAAACAUACCUCACCUUAGAGCUAGCUGCAGGACUGUGGGAGAUCCUAACAGGCCAAUGAAGUGAUGUUGUUAGGUGUCUUGGGUAGCCUGAUUGAAGACUGAGUAUUUUAGACCUUUAGUUCCACCAAAUUAAUCCUGGAAUUAAAGUCAUUUUGAGUAAGUACUGUCUAGUGCUUAUUCAGGGGCCCUUUGUGCUAAGCCAUUCUCCUACCCUACUCUAGGGGAUGGAGGGAUGGCUUUGAAGUUCCUGUUACUGACUCAGGGUUGUCAGUGUUCCCACAAGGCAGCAUUGACGUCUUCUCAGUGGGAAUGCGUUCCUAUUGAUUCAGUGGUUUACUGCUUUUUCUCAUGUCCUUAUGUCUCAUGUUUUUAAUGAUCAUUUGUUUUAUUCUUUGAGAAUUUCAUACAUGCAUAUAAUGAGAUAUGAUCAUACUCCAUUCCCCUUCCAUAUCUCACUCAAAACCUCCUCCUCCUGACUUCAUGCUUUUGUUUGGGAUGGUGUGUUUUAGGUUGUUGUUUUGGUAACUCACUAAGUCUAGUAGUGCCACCCAUGUGUGCAUGUGUAUGAAAACAUCCACUGGAGGACCAUGGGAGUGACCCCUCCUGUCUCCCCCCCCCAACAGCUUUCAACUGCCAGGUGCCUCAGUGGGGUAGGGCCUGGCGAUCGAUCACCUUCCCACAUCAAAUUCUCUUUUUUAAAAAAAUUUCUAGCUGGGUUGGUAGCAUAUACCUUUAAUCCUGGCUCUGGGAGAGACAGAGAAGGCAGAGCUCUGCCUUGGUGAGAUCCUGUCUCAAAAAAUAAAAUAAAAUCCAAGGAAUUCCUGCCCUGCUCCACGUAUACCGUGUUUAUUUCUCCAGAAACGGAAACACUACCAUGUGCCACCAUGGAUUACCUCUGCACUAAACACCAUGGGCAUCAUCAUUUACUUACUGCUCCCUGCUGAGCCUUGUUUACAGCCUCAGAGCCACUCACAGCAGCAGCUGGAGCAUCAUUCUUGACUUGUUGGAAUUGGCAUGCAGUGUUUAUUAUCCCAGCUCUGAGCUCACAAUUGUUCCCUAAAGAUGAUUCUAGACCUUGAGUUCCCUGAUGGGCAAGUAUAGGACCAUGCCAGUAGUCGUCUUAUGGGUCCCCAAGGCUGACAGGGGCAUGCCACGACAGGCAAAGGGCCACUUGCCUUUAUUCUCUCCCUCUGGACUGCAGUCCAGUUGACUAAGCACCAGUUGCAUCUCUACCCACACGGAACUGUACCAGAUGAGCACACUCUUCCCUGUCUACGAACUGAAGGUUCAGGUGUGCAGUCUGUUACGUAUUUCCUCCCAAAAUGCUGUGAGAAUGAUGUGAAAUUUUUGUCAAGACUUCUCUUCAACUGUCAGUAUGGAUUCAGUGCCUUUCCAGGCAGCAAGGUUUUUCUUUGCUGAUGCCAUAGAACAAAUGUCCCAAUGUGCUCACCUCCCUUAGACUAGCUCACUGGAUGCGUCUGUUUGCUCAUCUGCAUGGCUUAACUGGCAUUGCAAAUGCCCGUCCAAACAAGAAUGAACUGAACUAGGCUGCUGAGUGGAGGACCCAGUGGAACCCAGAACAUUUCUCAGGGACAGGAGGCUCAAGAGGACAGCUCUCAGAAACAGAGAAAGAGCUUGGUUAGGCUUUGGUAAAUGCCACACGCACACACGCAUGGCAAAGGCGUGACAGCAAGAUUUCAGGUGCCACAUCCUCAGCAGAUGGCAAGGCCACUGUCAGGAAGCUUCCAGCACAAUCACAGCCCUGCUUCCCAGGGCCUCUGCACAGCACUGGAGGUCACUGGUGUCUGGCCAAUGACCACGGUCCUCCCAUGGCUACAAGCGAGAGGGCUCAGGCACAUGUGCAAGCUAUUAGGAAAAGGUAUCUUGACCACACUACCCCAGUGGCUCUCCACCUCUAGAGUUCCACAUCUCAGAGGAUGGGGAAACCUUUUGAGUCUUUUUUUUAAAUGUUUGUAUGUCUGCCCCCAUCCCUCCCUCUCUUUAUAUGAUUAUUUAUUACAGUAAUUUGAGUUCUAUUGAUUUAGGGCAAAUGAAUUUCUUUCUAGUACCUAUGUCUCAAAAUGAACUCCCUUGUCUCCUUGAAGCUCCCGGGUCACCGGCUCUGUGUCAUUUUCAGAUACUGGCUCUGGCUUUGUACCGAACAGCAAUGGGAACAAGAAUGAUGAUGAAAACAAACCAAUGCAUGAAAUUAAACCAAGUAUACCUUG